AUGGCGGUUACAGACAUCCAAACCCAUUUGCCCAGUAUCGCCCCAGCCUCAGCGCCUGAGCGUCUCUACGGAAACGUCCAGGCCGAGAACAAGUCUCCUCAGACCAUGAAGGCAGUCAAGAUCAUGGUGUCUGUUGGGUAUCGUGCGCUCCAAAAGGCAAUGGCUACGCAUUCAAACCGUGUCCUCAAAGCUUCUCGCCGCCGAACUCGAUCAGCUCUCCCAAUCACUUACCCCGCCACAGCAGGCCCUCCACCCCAGGACCUCGACCGCGUCUUCGAUCAUAUCGAGCGCAUGCGCUACGAGCGACGCACGAGACACUACCAACGCCAGCUCGGAAAGUGCUUUGUCAACCGGCAACCGUGGGACGAUGGCCAGACAAUCGCUCGGGCACGCAUCGACGACCAGGGGUUCCGUCGAAGGCAUGUCACGGCGAUUGCCAACCGCGUGUUUGGGGAAAGCCGCGCCGAGGGGGACGUCUCGCUGCCAAUGCAGACGAGCUUUGGCACUUCGACUUUUGUGAAUGGUGCGCUGGAAGAUCCGUUUGGGCCGUUGCUUUCGGAGACUGCGCAGGAGGAUACCACACCACCGGAAGUGUUGGAGAGCUACAAGGUGUCGCAGGAUAUGCGUCGGCGCAUUGAGCUGGAGAGGUACCAGGGAUCAUGUAAUGGGACUUAG